AAAAACCUCUGCGUAGUCCCUAGCAUCAGGAGAGCCGUGCUCGUUAAUCAGCUCACCCUCGACCACACUUGGAUAGAUUCUACGCCUCUCGUUAUAUUCAGUAUACCACAUAACUCUUUGUUGCUGAUGUUCAGUACCACUCCUAUUCGUUAUCUUCCCCCUGCCCCUCCAAGACGAAUCGCCUCUGGGUAUUUAAGUCUCACCCCCGACUCUCUUGUGGGGGACCGCUUUUCGAUGACUCAUCUGAACCCCAGUAGUCCCACGGAACUAAAGGGCCCCACUGAUGCUGGGCUAUUGGAAAGAUUGGAGGGCACAGUCGAUGCCAUGUCCAAAGAAAUCGAAAGGCUCCACCAGGAUAUUCAUCGUUUGCGAAGUAAAUACAGAGCCAUGCAGGUGGAAUCCAAGCCACAGCCACGCCCUUUGGCUCGCAGCAACGCCUACACGCAGACUGGCCCUGAUACUUUGACAAAGCCAGCCAUAGGAUUACCCAAACAUAUGCGGCAAGCUCUUGUGCAAGCUGAAUACCCAGAUGGCCAUGGGUUUCGCUUCGCCAAUGCACCGGAGUCUAUCGAAGAAAUAUACACAGAGUUUUGCGAGCGAAGAAACAAUAUUCCGUGUCCCUUGGAAUUAGAAAGGCGGUAUGGAGAGGUCUGGCGUGGCAGGUCCGCCUACACACUGUCCAAGACUUACGGAAGGCGGAAGAUAGUGUAUGACACGGUGGAGAACGGCAUUCGUAACGGGCUUACGCGCGAUGGUUCCAUCAAGAUGCUUCAGAGGUUUCUUGACACGAACAAAAUAUCGUUGUCCGUUUGUAUGAACUCGAAAACGGUGAAGCUUCCUGAAGUCUUCAAAAAGCAUCAGUCCACGUGAAGGUUGGAUAACGAGCAUAUUUUAGCAUUUACUGGGAAAAACUCCACGCAUAACUUAUGAGUAAGGCUAGUUAGAACGGUCGAUGUCUCAAAUUAAAUCAGCGAUGCUUUUUUUUUUCUUUCACGCCCUUGGAAAUUCUCCGGUAGUAGAGCCGCAGGUCCGAAACGGUUUAUAAAAUGAAACCCCCAGAAAGAACAGGUUGAAAAAGUAGCUUAGAGCCUUGUAUAUCGAAGGUUUAAAGAGAUAAUGACCGCUAAGUGGUUCGAAAGCAUACGUCUUUUGAGAUCUGAUCUUGAGUCAGGCGCCUUAGAUCACUCGGCCAAACGGCCGUUAAUUUAGAUGAGGCAAAUCGCCACUAGAUAAAAUCUUU